AUGCAGCUGUCUGAUCAGGCACAGAACACUUCGAACAGAGCCGAAGAAGAGAUCAAGACUGAGAAAUGCCACUUCGCAGCCAGAGCCUCAAAACGGAUGAGCGAGAAGAGAAGGCAGCAGUUCGCAGACAUGAUUCUGGUUUUAAAGGGCGGCCGAGUCUUCCUCGCUCACCAAGAUUACGCGGAUCACCAUCCUCUGACCGGCUACUUCCUCCCAUUUCCCGAACAGUCGCAUGAAGGGCUGGUGACCACGAUCAACGAGCAAAACUUUCUCAACUGGGUCUACAUUGGCUCCUCGACCUACCGCGUCAAACAUGGUGUCCGAGUCGAAGCCCAGGCACAGCUCACAGGUCCAAUGGAUCUGAUCUUCUCCCAGUAUGGGGAUAAGAGGCUCUGCUUCGAAGGCUGGGAAGGCUUCGUAGCUGUGGAAGAAGAAGCAGACCAGUGGGCAUUGUACUUCGACAAGGAUGAUAAUGGGCUACAAGACAAGGCUAAAGGGCGACCCGUCGUUGAAUUGGAGCUGAUUCGAAAGGAGCUGGAUCAGUACAAGCCUACCAAGACAGCUAAAUCCGAGGAUGACUCUAGUUGA